AUGCAUCUUCCAACCACCACCACCGCCGCCAUCAUCCUCUCUGUCCUCGCCCAUUCCGCUAUCAGCCUCCCCUGCCACGAGCAGCAAGCCGACCAAACCAUCCUCGAAGCCCCCAUCCCCACCACCACCACCCGCGUCACCACCUCCGAGCACGUCUUCUUCAACACCAACGCUAACUCCGGCCUCUACCUCUGCGAGAACGCGCUCUUCCGGGGCUACUGCGUCCACUAUGCCUCUCCCUUUGGGCAGUGCACAACCAUCACCGAUCAAUUCCCCCCGGGAGAUCGCGGCGUUUCGGCCGCGGGUUCGGAUCGGGGGAGUUGGUGUACGCUUUAUUCGGAAUCGGGCUGUCAUGGCCAGGAACUGCAGAUCCAUUUCCCCGGCUAUGAGAAUCUGGCGUACUUGGGGUGGAAUGAUCGGGCGAAGAGCUUUAAUUGUGCGGCGGAGUGA